UGAUUUUUUACUUUUACUUUGCAAGUUUCUGAUGGGCGGGGCGUCCAGUGCUCCCUUUAAUUCCCGAGCUGUGUUUCCAUUUCCUUUUGAGCAAGUGCUUUCCUGCACUAAUCACAUUUCUUAGAGGAAGAGAACUUGACAUAGUGUGAGCACUGUCACCUAUUAAAUGUACUCCUAAAAGAUCCUCAAAAUGAGAUUUCCAGGGGAGAUCGUUUGGCUUAUAUUGUGGACUGUUUGUGUUGCAGAAGAUUGCAAAGGACCCCCUCCAAGAAAACAAACUGAAAUUUUGUCAGGUGCCUGGCCUGACCAAACAUAUCCAGAGGGCACUCGGGCCACAUAUAAAUGCCGACCUGGAUUUAGAACUCUUGGAGCUAUUAUAAUGGAAUGCAAGAAUGGAGAAUGGGAGUCUCUUAAUCCAUUGAGGAUAUGCCGGGAAAGGCCCUGUGGACAUCCUGGAGAUACUCCUUUUGGUUCUUUCCAGCUUGAAAGAGGAAAUGAGUUUGUAUAUGGUGCAAAGGUUGUUUACACAUGUGAUGAGGGGUAUCAAUUGCUAGGUAGGAUUAAUUUCCGUGAGUGUGAACCAGAGGGAUGGACCAAUGAUAUUCCUCUUUGUGAAGUUGUUAAGUGUUUACCAGUGACAGAACCAGAGAAUGGGAGACUUAGCAGUACUGCGUUGGAACUAGACCAAGACUAUACUUUUGGACAAGUAGUACGGUUUCAUUGUAAUUCAGGCUUCAAGCUUGAUGGGCCUGCAGAAAUCCAUUGCUCAACAAAUGGUGUUUGGAGUGGAGAAACACCAAAAUGUGUGGAAAUUUCCUGCCAAGAGCCAAAAAUUGUAAAUGGACGUCCUACAUCUCAGAAGCAAAUUUACAAGGAAAAUGAACGACUUCAAUAUCAAUGUAACAAGGGUUAUGAAUACGCUGAUAGAGGAGAUGCCAUAUGUACUAAAUUUGGAUGGACUCCAACUCCUUCAUGUAGAGAAGUAGCAUGUGCUUCUCCUUAUAUUCCAAAUGGUGACUACAGACCUAAAGCCGUCCAAUACAGAACUGGAGAUGAAAUCACAUAUUACUGUAGAAAUGACUAUUAUCCUGCAACCCAUGUAAAUACUGCAACAUGUACUAGCAAAGGCUGGCAACCUCCUCCAAGAUGUACUUUGAAGCCUUGUGAUUUUCCAGAAAUAAAACAUGGACGUUUGUAUGAUGAAAAUAGAUAUAGACCAUACUUUCCAGUAGCUAUAGGGAAAUAUUAUUACUAUUCCUGUAAUUCCAAUUUUGUGACUCCUUCACGAAGUUACUGGCAGUACAUUACUUGCACACACGAAGGAUGGAACCCAAAAGUACCAUGCCAGAGACGAUGUAUUUUCAAUUAUUUGAAAAAUGGAGAUUAUCCGAGGCAAGGACAAACAUAUUUCCAAGGUGAAUCUGUGCCAGUUAAAUGCAAUUCUGGUUACAGUCUUCAAAAUGAGCAGACUGUAAUGACAUGUACAGAGAAUGACUGGUUCCCUCCUCCCGAAUGCAUUCCUCUCAAAAGAUGCUUAAAAUCAGAGACAACAAUUGAAAAUGGAUUUUUUUCUGAAUAUGAAUUUGCAUAUCCCUUGAAUAAACAAACACAAUAUCAGUGUAAAUCAGGAUACGUAACUCCAAAUGGUAAAACUUCAGGAUCAAUUACAUGUCUGGAAAGUGGAUGGUCACCUCAACCCACAUGUAUUAAAUUUUGUGACAGGCCAGUAUUGGAGAAUGCCAGAAUCAAAAGUAAUGGCACAUGGUUUAAGCUCAAUGACAAGUUGGACUAUGAAUGCCUUGACAGAUUUGAAAGCAAAGAUGGCCGCACAGGUUCCAUAGUGUGUGGUGAGGACGGUUGGUCUCAUAAACCAGGAUGUUAUGAAAUAGAAUGCAAGGUUCCAGAAGUAGAAGAAUACUUAGUUCCUGAGCCCAGAAAUGACAAAUAUAAUGUUGGAGAUGUGUUGAAAUUCUCUUGCAGACAAAGACUUAAGAGAGUUGGACCAGAUUCAGUUCAGUGUUACCACUUCGGAUGGUCUCCUAAACUUCCAACAUGUAAAGAGCAAACAAGACAGUGCACUCCACCUCCUCAACUCCUCAAUGGGGAAAUUAAAGAAACACAUAAAGAAAUCUAUGAACACAAUGAUUUGGUGGAAUAUGUUUGUGACACUAGAUUUCUGAUGAAAGGUUGUAAUAAAAUUCAAUGUGUUGAUGGCCAAUGGACAGACUUGCCUAAGUGUAUUGAGGUGAGGAGUACAUGUGGAGAUAUACCUGAACUUGAUUAUGGCUCUAUUGUUGAGUCUUCUGUCCCUCCCUAUCACCAUGGAGAUUCAGUACAGUUCAGUUGCGAAGAAGAAUUUACAAUGAUUGGACACAAGUCAAUUACAUGUAUUAAUGGAAUGUGGACCCCACUUCCUCAGUGCAUCGCAACAGAUAAACUUAAGAAGUGUGAAUACAGCUUGACUAGACAAGAGGCAAAUCCAUUAAGUAAGACUAUAUUUGACCAUAAUGCCAAAAUAAGUUACAAAUGCAGAGAAACAUUAAAGCAGAAAUACUCAGUAUGCAUAAAUGGACGAUGGGAUCCCGAACUAAGCUGCGCAGAAGUUAGAACACAGUCAUGCCCCCCUCCACCUCAGAUUCCCAAUGCUCAAAACAUGACAACGACGGUGAAUUAUCAGGAUGGAGAAAAAGUAUCUGUUGUCUGUCAAGACAAUUACAUAAUUCAGGAUGCAGAAGAAAUUGUGUGCAAAGAUGGAAGAUGGCAGUCAAUACCACGCUGUGUUGAAAAACUCCGGUGUCUUCAACCACCUCAUAUAGAACAUGGAACCGUUAACUCAUCAGACGUAGAAGAGACAUUGAAACCUAAGCUUUACCCACAUGGCAGCAAAUUAAGUUACACUUGUGAGGAAGGUUUCAGGAUAUCUGAAAACGAUGAGAUAACGUGCCAGAUGGGAAAGUGGAGUUCUCUACCCUGGUGUAUAGGGCUCCCUUGUGCACCACCAGAAUAUGUGGUUCCACAUAGUAUUCCACCUCGCAAGUCAGACACUUACCAGUAUGGAGAAGAAAUAGUGUACGAAUGUGUGGAAGGUUUUGGGAUUAAUGGAUCUGCAUCUAUAAAAUGUUUAGGAGGAAAAUGGUCCCAUCCACCAAAAUGCAUAAAAACGGACUGUUUUGGCUUACCUGACUUUGGUAAUGCCAUACCCAUAGGCCUGAUGAAGGAAUCAUAUAGGUCAGAAGAAAAAGUGACUUAUACAUGUCCAAAAUAUUACGAAUUGGAUGGACCCAAUUUUAUACAGUGUAUUAAGAGCCAAUGGAUAGGAAAGCCAAUAUGCAAAGAUAGUUCCUGUGAGAAACCACCCAAAGUGAAAAAUGCUAUCAUACUAAGUGAGAAGCUUAGUUAUCUACCUGGUCAGACUGCACGUUAUGAAUGCAACAAACCUUUUGACUUGUUUGGGGAAGUAGAAGUGACAUGUUUAAAUGGGACCUGGACGGAACCACCUAAGUGUGCAGAUUCUAAAGGAAAAUGUGGACCUCCUCCACCUAUUGACAACGGAGACAUUACCUCAUUCCCAUUACCAGUAUAUGCUCCAGGAUCAACAGUAGAGUACAAAUGCCAGGCCUUCUACGUACUUGAGGGACAAAGGACCAUAACAUGCAGAGAUGGACAGUGGUCAUCACCACCAAAAUGCUUAGAGGCCUGUACAGUAUCAGAAGACAUCAUGAAAGCACAUAAUAUACGAUUACGAUGGUCUUAUGAGAAAAAAAUUUAUUCUAGAUCACAGGAUAUCAUUGAAUUUGUUUGUAGGUAUGGAUAUCGUAAAAAGAGCCCACAGCAUACAUUCCGAGUCACCUGUCGGGAAGGGAAACUGACGUAUCCUGUUUGUGCAUAAAACAAUGGUAAAGAUACAGUCCUAAAAUUAAAAUACGUACAUUUACUCAGAACUUUUCAUUAUCAAUUCAAUUCUCAGUUUAUUUUGUCAAGUAUUGUGUAACUCAUUUAUAUUCAUAAAUCAGAAUUUGUAUUAAUAAUUAUGUGGAUGGUGUAAUUAUAAUCAGAGAGAUGAAUAAAUCACUUCUUAAAAGCAUCUCAUUAAAACUUGGCAAACCAAUAUGCUUUGUGUCCUACUUAUAAAAUAUCUACGGCAAGAAAUUAGAUUCAAUCCCUACAGUACCUACUUGUAUCCAUCUUUCCCUCUGACUUUCUCAAAGCUCCUUCUGUAACUUCUGGGGCUGCCUGAGACUCUCCAUUUCAGAGGAAAUGGGAGAAAUGCUUUUCUCCAUCUUUAAGAUAAUUUUACUUCAAAAAUACAUAAAAACCUAACUCUGUCAUAUUUAUGUUAAUAAUAAGAUGUAAGUAGUUAUUAUUUACUUUUGCUUAUCUACCAAAUGAUGAAAUGCAAGAUCUUCUACAAGAUGGCUAUCUAGCACACAUCACACAUAAAAAUUCAAACAAAUCAUAAAGAGAAAUUAGAAUCUAACUGGGUACGUCACUGUCACAAUAUAACAUGAAAAGUGACCAAAAAAUCCGAUAUCAAGUAUAAACACACACACGCACACAAUACACACACACACAGAGUAUGCUUUGAUCAUGGCAUAAAUGUUUAUAGAACAGAGAUUGUCAGGAAGUACAAUGAAAUAUUUAUAACUACAGUUGAAUUUAGAGAUGCUAGGGGUAAGGGUUGGUGGUUAAGUCCUUAAUGCUCACCUGUAUUUUCCAUGUUUUCUAUCUUUAAUAUGUAUCACCUUUGAACCACAAUAAAGGUGGUUAUUUUAA